AUGAAUGACCUGCAGAGAUCCAGUCAUCUAGUAGCGGAAGACACAGUGAUCGGUGGCUACCACGUUCCCAAGGGUACCGUGUUGCUGCCAAACUUUUGGGCCGUCCACCAGAGCACCGAGCUCUGGAAGGAGCCCGAGAAGUUUGACCCGUCGCGGUUCAUCGGACCUGACGGCAAAGCACCGUCCACUAGGCCUGCACACAUCAUCACCUUUUCGAUAGGUAAAAGAAUCUGCCCUGGAGAAAGCUUGGCCACGGCUGAGGUUUUCCUGUACCUGACCAUGCUGCUUCAGAAGUUCAUAAUCCUUCCCGAAGAGGGCGCCACCGUGCAAAUUGGAUCGUACCAGCCGCUAUCAGAGCACGCUGCUACAAAGAUACGUUUCCUGCCCCGCUCUGAUUAAACUCUACGUAGGAAGGAACUGAGGACGCAGCAACAUUAUAUAUCCGUACGCUGCGUCUGGCUGCAUCUAUACAGUAUCUCAGAAACUUAGCGUGAGCAGAACAUUCAUAUAUUACAUAGGCCACUUGCACCUGCUUGGAGUUUUCUGAAAAGCCACACCAAUGCGUACCCUGAAUAGACUCCGGGAGCAUAAUAACAAUGCAAAAUACGGCUCAUCGGGGUUAUUUUACCGCAAAGGGUGUUUGAUCGUGGUUUGAUCAAACACCCAAAAACCAGGUUUGAUCACACCAGCGUAAUUUGUGGGAGCAUCGAUCAGACGAAUCACGAGAUCACCGUCUUGAAGCGGCUUAGUUAACCUGAUCGUUUGCGCGUAUGGCACUCGGUGAUCUCGCGUUAUCCGCUAGCUUCCCGUGUCUUUGGUUUUUCGCCCUUGAUUCCAAGGGAAAUUUAAGUGGAAGAUCCUUUUUUGUAGCGCUCAUUUCUUUCAUGUUUCUUUUUCUCGCACAUCUCUACAUAAAUUGUGCGCACAUGUGUAUUAAAAUUAUUUGGAAAUACA